CUAUCCCCCUCUCGUUCUCCCUCUCAGUCGCUCCUUGAGGCCCACGACAUGGUAGCCUCUAAGUGCUAUGAGGCCGUGCCCCCAGCUGAGCUGUCUAAUGAGGCGCUGGUGAACAGUUCUCUGAUGCAGGCCGAUGCUGUACGCAUGAUCGGCAUCCGCAAGAAGGCUGGAGAACCACUGGUGAGCGAGUGAGAGAGUGAGUGUGGGAGAGAUCGAGAGGGAGAGAGAUGGAGAGUUUGUGUGUGCGUUUCUGCAUCUCUGCAAUGAUUUCAUUGACCAUCUAUCUGUUCCUUCCCUCUCUCAGGGAGUGACGUUCAGAGUGGAGAAGGAGGAGCUGGUCAUCGCUAGGAUCCUCCACGGAGGGAUGAUUGACAGGCAGGGUCUGCUGCACGUGGGUGACAUCAUAAAGGAAGUGAAUGGGCGGGACGUAGGGAACAACCCCACUGAGCUGCAGGAGAUGCUGAAGGACUGCAGCGGAGGAAUCACUCUGAAGAUACUGCCUAGUUAUAGAGAUGCACCCGCCCCACCACAGGUACACACACACACACACACACACACACACACAGCACAUGCAGGAACACACAUGGACGCACACAUGUGCCCUCACACACUCAAGGAUUCAUUCUCUCUCUCUCUCUCUCUCUCUCUCUCUCUCUCUCUCUCUCUCUCUCUCUCUCUCUCUCUCUCUCUCUCUCUCUCUCUCUCUCACCCGUCACAUACAUCACUUAAACAGCCACAUGGAUGCAUACAAUCACGCAGGUCCACACACAGACACACACACUCACAGCUUUCUCCUAUUUGGCUGUGUAAAAGCUGCAGAUGUUUGGUGGUGGUGGGAGACUGGUGGUGAAGUGAGUCCUGGGGCUGUCCCAAAAUGCCCUGCUCUGGAAUCUGAACCCUGGCUGAGAGCCCUGUUAAUAACACUCCACAUGAUAUCUGGGCCAGGGAGACACACACACACACAACAUUGAACACGUAGACACAUGCCGGCAUGCACGUAGACCCAGACACACAGAAAAACACACACACACACAGACACACAACCAUGAAACAGUUACUGUACUCUGGCAUGCAUGCUCACACACACAUAUGCACUGUACACACACAAGUCUAUCCUGACACCUGCUCUACAAGUAGUGCAAACAAGCACACACACCAACGGACACACACACACACACACACCCCAAUAGACACACAUGCAUGCAUGCUCUUACUGAACAGACACACACCCACACUGUACAUACUCACACACAUCCAGUCCGGAUCUUGUUUUAGUGUUUCUGUCUGGCUGCCAGUGUAAGAUGACAGUGCCCAGACCACGCACCUCUCUUGGCAAAUACCUCUGUUGGCAUGAUGUGAACGCCUGUGAUCUGUCCUGCACUAGAUAUCUCAUAUGGUGUGUGUGUGUACAGUAUAAACAUGCACUUAGUGCUGCUUUAAACCCAAACUUCACUCUUAUCUCUAACACUUCAAAACACUAAUCCUUCCACUAAACUUAUCUACCUAGCUGUUGUGUAUAGAGAAAGACUAGAUUGACUGUAUAUAGUUAUAGUUUGGUUGUAGAAGCAUUACAUUUUAGUCAUUUAGCAGAUGCUCUUAUCCAGAGUGACUUACAGUUAGUGAGUGCAUACAUUAUUUUUUAUACUGGCCCCCCGUGGGAAUCGAACCCACAACCCUGGCGUUGCAAACGCCAUGCUCUACCAACUGAGCUACAUCCCUGCACCAUUGAAGCACCAUUGAUUAACAUCAAACCUCCCUUUUCUCAGGUGUACGUGCAACCACACUUUGACUACGAUCCAGCAAAUGACCAUCUCAUCCCAUGCCGAGAGGCGGGGAUUGGCUUCAAGAGGGGGGACCUCCUUCAGAUCGUCAACAGGGAGGACCCCAACUGGUGGCAGGUGAUGAUGGUGGUGAUCCUCAACAACAACAAUAAAUAGUUUUUUUUGUACUGGUUUCUACUGGUUUGUAACUUCUUCUGGUCUCUACUGGUUUAUACUGGUCUCUACAGAUUUUACUGGUUUCUACUGGUUGGGUGAGACAAUUGUUCUGAUGUCUGGUGUGCUCUCCUGUGCUAGGCGUGUCAUGUGGUUGGUGGAGCCACUGGACUGAUCCCCAGUCAGUUCCUGGAGGAGAAGAGGAAAGCCUUCGUCCCACGAGACUUUGACGGCUCAGGUACAGCUUGACUUUGCCUCCUAGCUUCAUUCUCAGCUAGAUGAGCUAACCUGAGCUGACUGGCAACUGUGUGUGGAUCUUUUACAUAAUGUAGCCAAUGACUGCUUGGAUUUGAAUCAGUGGAGAGCACUUACUUUGAAUUGUUUAGUUGGUCUGCCACUGUGAGGUAGCCUUGCCUGCCAGGCUGAGGUCAAUGAGGUCAUGAGAUAAUUACUCAGUAACGCUCCAUAGAAUGGGUUAUGGUGCCCCCUUCUGGCCUUCAGAUGCAAAGACAGAUAGGAAAGAUACUUGCACCUGUAUUGAUGUGUGAAUUGAUAUGUGUAUUGAUGUGUGAUUAUGUGUGUUUUUGUGUGCAACAGGGAUCCUGUGCGGUACGAUAACUGGAAAGAAGAAGAAAAAGAUGAUGUACCUAACAGCCAAGAACGCAGGUGAGCAUUCAUACUCGUCUCUCAUUGACUGAUUCUGUCAUGGCUCAUUCUUCUAAUUGGUUUUGUGCUGGGGCUUCCUGACUGUGUAGUUCCCCAUUUACUAAUCUGCAUUUUACGUUUCCUAUUUCCUUAUUUUAUUGACUGACACCACUACAUUCUCCUCUGUGAUUGGCUAACUCUUGUGUGUUCCUCUCUGUGAUUGGCUGAGGGCAGAGUUUGACAGGCACGAGCUGCAGAUCUAUGAGGAGGUGGCCAAGAUGCCCCCGUUCCAGAGGAAGACUCUGGUUCUGAUUGGAGCCCAGGGGGUGGGCCGCCGCAGCCUCAAGAACCGACUGGUGGUCCUCAACCCAACAUGCUUCGGAACCACCAUCCCUUGUGAGUCAAGAACCCAUACCGUUCUAAUUCUAUGCUAGAACCCCCCUCCAGAACCUAAUGGACCACUGUACUCUCAGGACACUGUCAGAACAGACAGAAACCCUGGAGAACAUUUCAUUUGGCUGCUUUAAGUUAGCCUGUCUCGUGAUCUUCCCCGUUGCUCCACUGUUCUUCUCGCAUUCAUGUUCAUUCUCUCUCCAUCUCUCUCCCACCUCCCUUUCGAUUCUCUCAAACGCCUUUUCUCUUCUUGCCCCACCUCCCCCCCGCCUUCCUCCCUCUCUCUCUCUUCUUGUCUCUCCUCUCCUCCCUCCCUCAGUCACCUCCCGGCGUCCCCGUGACGAUGAGCUGGACGGUAAGUCGUACCGGUUUGUGACGCGGACGGAGAUGGAGGCGGACGUGAAGGCGGGCGGCUACCUGGAGCACGGGGAGUACGACGGGAACCUCUACGGAACCAAGAUGGACUCCAUCCACGAGGUGGUGGACACGGGCCGCACCUGCAUCCUGGACGUCAACCCACAGGUCACAAUCAAAUCAAAUCAAACUUUAUUUAAAGUGCAUUUAAAAAGCCCAAAACAUAGUUUUACUGUAAAAAGAAAAAAAGACUGUAUAAUCCUACUAUGAGAUACUGUACAUGGUCUGGUUGUCUCUGUCUGUCUGUAUGUAUGUAUGUAUGUAUGUAUGUAUGUAUGUAUGUAUGUAUGUAUGUAUGUCUGUGGAUAUCUUUAUCAUCUUUAGCUGGUUCACUGACCCUCUGUCUGGACUGUAGGCUCUGAAGGUACUAAAGACAGCAGAGUUCAUGCCGUAUGUGGUGUUCAUCGCAGCACCAGAGUUUGAGACGCUCAAGGCCAUGCACAAAGCUACAGUGGAUGCUGGAAUCACCACCAAACAACUCACGGUCAGAACCUUUUCCUGGGCAUAGACACUGAGCCACUUAUUCCCAGAGUAUUUUCACGUUGUUUUCUGGUAUCCUUCCAUUGUUAUGUGAUUUUAGGGCGUUAUGUUGUUUUUUAUGGAACAUUCUCUCGCUAGAACACAUAGUGUACUGUGCUUGUUAUCCACUGCUUCUCAGGAAGAUGCACACACCGAGAGAGAGACACACACACACACACACACACUCACCCUCUUGUCUCUGUCCCUGUCAGGAUGUGGAUCUGAGGAAGACUGUUGAUGAGAGUGCUCGUAUCCAGAGGACCUACAACCACUACUUCGACCUCACCAUCACCAACGACAACCUGGACCGCGCCUUUGAGACGCUACAGGCUGCCGUCGACAAACUCUGCUCCGAACCACAGUGGGUCCCUGUCAACUGGGUCUACUGA